UGGCUGCUAUCAUUAGAAACCAAUGUAAACAUUUUUACCGAAACCCCGUCACUUUUAGCGAAAAAUGAAUAAUAAUGGAUGGAAAAGUUAAGACAAGAGUAAGAACAUCAGUACCAAGUUCUGUAGGUCGGCAAAUUGGUGUUCUACCUGUUGGAAACCCACCUGUUCGACCUAGAAAACCAAAAUCGAGCAAUUCCUUUACUCUUCCAAUUACUGACAGUGGAAGAACAAAAAUAAGCCCUCCAAGUCCUCACAGUUCAAGAAGUCAUCGACUAAGUUACAGAGGACCAAUUACUCAGGAUGCCGCUUACAGUCAGGGUUUACAAGAAAAUGAUAUCAAAUUUGUCAAUGUUCCAAACAGAACAAAAGUCAGUGCACAAAGACCACCACUUUCCAGUUCAGUACAAAAAGUCAGGCGUCCUCCACUGAAUUCAAAUGAAACUGAUAUUGACUAUGUGGUAGACAUCCCAAACAGAAAAUUGAGUGGCAGUAAACGUCCCUCGUCUGGAUCUGCGAAAAGACACAGUCGUCCUUCAUCAGGCAAUCAGCAGACAGAUGCAUCAAAAGAACUUGAUGAUGAUGAUGAAGUAUCUCAUAAGUUUAAGACUAUAUCUGAGCAGGAAAUUCUUGAGGCAAACCAUGAGAGAGAUCCUGAGAAGAUAUACGAGAUCAACCUGUAUGCUUCUGACCUGACAAAGAUCAACAAUUUACAAAGAUUUAAGAAAUUGAGAGUGCUUGAUUUAUCCUGUAAUCAUAUUAACAGAAUAGAAAACCUUAGUGAAAAUGUGGAUAUUAGAGAGCUGAAAUUGUAUGGAAAUAGGGUACACCAGAUGGAAAAUCUCUAUAGUUUGAAGGAGUUGAGCAAUUUACAGUUACAACACAAUAAAAUUAAAACAAUAGGAAAAAGCUUGAGCCAGUGUACCAAGAUAAGGACAUUAAACCUGAGUUCUAAUCACUUGAUGAGAAUAGAAUCUCCAGAACUGUCAUGUUGUUCACAUCUCAGUGUACUGGACCUCAGUAGUAAUAUGUUAGAUAACUUGUCGUUUGUAAACUACUUACCAAAUUUAGAAGAAUUAAAUGCAAGUAAUAAUCGUUUGCGGACUGUGGAUUUUAAUCGUUGUAAAAAAUUACAAGAUAUAGACUUGUCAGGAAAUGAUUUAAAAGAUAUAAAUGGACUUAAAGGAAUGGGAAAUUUACAGAUAUUGAAUAUUUCUAAUAAUAGAAUCACAACAAUUAAACCUGUUGGAAAGCUCAAGUUAUUAACAGAGUUACAUGCUGCAGACAACCAUCUAUCAGAGUUAUCUUAUAUACCACCUUCUUUUCCUGUGUUAGAAAUUUUAAAUAUUAGCAGAAAUAAUGUUGCUUCGUUUGAGGAAGUGUGUUCCUUGAACAGUUUAGAAGAAUUAUCAGAAUUAUUUAUAUCUGGAAAUCCGUUCUCUAAUGAUGAUGAUGGUGUACAUAUAUCUUAUAUGUCAGAUAUUCAGGCAGAGUUCUCUAAUCUAGAUAUUCUGGACGGGGCACAUUUGAAAAGAGCUGCUCAUAGAGGCGCUCCAUUGAUGAGACCAAUGUCUGCUUCAACAAUAAUUACAGUAAGACAGGUUGAAACACAGAUGAAACAAAUGGACAGUGAUAUGAAAUCUAUAGAAAAUAAUUUUAUGGAAAGAAUGGAACAGCUGAAGUCCACAUUAGAGAAAUUACCAUCACAACCUACAGAUUCUAGCAGAACACCUAAAAACAACGUAUCACAGUCCAUUCACUUUACUAAAACAUCAAGUCAUUCCAGAAUCAGAGAUGCUUUAAAAUUUGCUGCUGAAGGCCUUGAUAGUACAGAAAACUGACAAAAGUGUUAUUGCUAGUACUUCAGUGUAGCCAGUGCAGGUGUUUUACAAAUAAAAGUAGAGUGUGUAUGACUCUUACCAAAAGAGUGUGACUGCCACUUUGUAUAUUGUGGUUCACUCAGCAUAGAUUCCAUAUAAAAGGAUGUUUCAUCAUACAGAUAUACAAGUCAAAAGUUGUCAUUUACUAUUACGUACAACAGUGUAUACCAAAUAUUAUCAUAAACUGAUUAUAAAGUAUGUUUUAUAGGAGAUAAUAUUUCAAAUAUUAUUUAUAUCUUCUGUUCAGUUGGUUGGAUCUAUUUAUUAAACCUCAAUGAUAUUGUUUGCCAAGAUUUGUUUCUAAGAUAUAAAUUGAUGCUGUUUUUAUUUCACGUUUGGUGUGUAAAAUACUAAUCUUGUGCUUGAUUUCAUGUACUAGUUUCAUUUUUAUGUCUGCACUGUUCCUGCUAAAAAACAGCAAAAUGAAACUGCCAUGAAUAUUUCCAAGUUUUGAGUAUUCAAAUUAUAAAGAUAACUAUUGACAUGCUUGUUAAUGUCAUUGUUACCAUAUACCACUAACUAUCAAGUUCAUUGUUUUUUUCCAAUAUGCAUGUUUCACUUGUUUACACUGGUACCUAGCAUACUCCCCUGCCUAUGAACAUUGAUGACAGGAGACCAGUAACAUCGUUUAAAAGAAACUAUGCACUUCUAAUUUUACUUUAUUAUGUUACAAAAAUUGCAGAGGGUUAACAUCUAUUAGAGAAAUAAUAAUUUAUUCCCUGAUCACAUAUAUAUUGAUCAAUGAUCACAAAUCAAUUACUCAAAAUUCUUAUCUGUUGGGGACUCAGUUGUAAAUUAUUCUAAUACCAGAUAAUCCUAUUUAUUUAAAACAUACCAAUGCAAAACAUUUUUGAUACGCCCGUCAAAAUUUUGACGGGACGUAUUAUGGUAUACAAAUGUCGUCUGUCCGUCUAUCCGUCUGUCCGUCUGUCUGUCCGGCGUAAACAUGUCGCACCGUAACUUGAGAACGACUUAUCCAAAUUUCAUGAAACUUAACAUAGUUGUUUCUUAUGAUGGUCAAACGAUCUGUAUACUUUUUGGUGAAAAUAAGAUUAAAACUUUUUGAGUUACGGGACUUAGUAACUAAAACAGGUGUGUUUUUUUUUCACAUGUCGUGCCGUAUCUCAAAAACAAUUUAUGAUUAUUGCUUAAAACUUUACACACUUCUUAGUUAUAUUAAUCUUAAGAUCUGUAUACUUUUUGGUGAUGAUUCAAAAUUUUAUUUUAGAGAUAUUGAGUAUUUGUUAAAAAAGGGGGAGGGGUUUUUCACAUGUUGCGCCGUAUUUUUAAAAAACAGUUUAUAAUUAUUGCUUAAAACUUUACACACUUCUUAGUUAUAUUAAUCAUAAGAUCUGUAUACUUUUUGGUGAUGAUUCAAAAUUUUAUUUUUGAGUUAUUGAGUAUUUUGUAAAAAAAGGGGGAGGGGUUUUUCACAUGUCGCACCGUAUCUCAAAAACGAUUUAUGAUUAUUGCUUAAAAUUUUACACACUUCUUAGUUAUAUUAACCUAAAGAUCUGUAUACUUUUUGGUUUUUAUUCAAAAUUUUAUUUUUGAGAUAUUAAUUUUUUUUUAAAAAGGGGGGUUUUCAAAUGUCGCGCCGUAUCUCAAAAACUAUUUAUGAUUAUUGCUUAAAAUUUAACACACUUCUUAGUUAUAUUAAUCUAAAUUUCUGUAUAAUUUUUGGUUUUGAUUCAAAAUUUUAUUUUAGAGAUAUUGAUUUUUUUGUAAAAAGGGGGUUUUCGCAUGUCAGAAACUAUUUAUGAUUAUUGCAUAAAAAUUCACACAAAAGACGAUGGGCGUAUCAUGCGCUCAUGGCGCAGCUGUUUAUUAAUAAGGUAAGAUGUUUCUUGUGUGUGAAAAAGUAAUAAUGUUUGUAUUAUGUAGAAAACAAAUAUCACCUGUCCUAAGUCAGGAACCUGUUUCAGUGGUUGUCGUUUGUUGAUGUGGUUCUUCAGUGUUUCUCGUUUUUUAUAUAGAUUAGACCAUUGGUUUUCCUGUUUGAAUUGUUUUACACUAGUCAUUUUGGGGCCCUUUAUAGCUUGCUGUUCGGUGUGAGCCAAGGCUCUGUGUUGAAGGCCGUACUUUAACCUAUAAUUAUUUUCUUUUUACACAUUGUGACUUGGUUGGAGAGUUGUCUCAUUGGCACUCAUACCACAUCUUCUUAUUUCUAAUCACCAUUUACUUGUAUAUUUUCAAGGUGCUUUGCAUCCAUCUGGCAUAUAUAGGAAAUGUAAUGGAGUGUUUUUUUAAGUCCUGACAAGUUAUGUCAACUUGUAAACUCUGUAGUACAUUCAUUUCUACUCAUUCAUAUUUAUUAAUCAAUUUAUAAUUGUAAGCAAGAUGUAUAUUUACUGUUGUUGCAUUUGAAAGAAUUAUGGAUUCGAAUAGUUAUCUAUUAUAUGGUUUCAACAUUCAAGUUUAUAUUUGUAGUGUGGUAAAAUUUUUUAUUUUCAAAAUGUAAUAACACUUAACAAACACAUAAAGAUUUGAUGAAAAACCAAAGUUAUAACUUAAUAUUCUAUGUUGAUGUAAAAGUAUUCAAUUCACUGCCUUGUAAUUUAAAUCUGACACAUUAUAUUUUGAGUAUUAUUUGUUUUAUUGUAAACAAUAUUGGACAUUACAGUUUGAUUUUCGAAUAGUGGAUUUUAUUUGAAAACCAUUUUAGUCAUCAGAUUUUGUCUAUUGGUUACGUAUUCAUGUUCCACAAACUGAAAGCAUUAAGUAUUUUCCCUAACUAUGAAAACUGACAUCCACAAAUAGAAAGUUCUUUCACAGUAUUUCAAAUAAUGCAGGGUUUGAUAUUAUUUUUUUAGGUAGAAGUCUUCUUGUAUAGAAACAUUUAAUUCUUAGCUGAUUUAUACAUGAACUGACAUAUAAUCUGUUGAUCAAUGCUUGUGAUUUGCUUGUUCUCGUAACUCCAUUGGUCAAAAUACAAUUACUGCCUCAAAUUUUCUUCUGUCACUGGUUCUGACACUACAUAAACUUUAUGAUCAACAUCACAAAUUGGUUGUCCGAUAUGAUGCAUCUUUGUCCAAAUUUGCUAGAGAUUUGUUUAUAGUGUUAGAUCUUGAGAUACCAGAAUAGUCGUCCGAUCUAUUGAUAUACAGAUUACCCUAUUCAUCAUCUUGAUUUCACUUGAAGUGGGGUGAUCAUUCAUAGCAAGACAUGCUUACCUAUUUGUCGCACCUGGUCUUACUUCUUGUGAAGUUCAUGCUAUUUCCUCAGUUUGAGUAUUUUUCACAUUGAUUUGUAUCUUGUAACAUAUCUAUUGAAAAUAACACUAUUUCUAUAUAUUUUUAUGCCCCCGCUGUAGGCAACAGGGGCAUUAAGUGUUACCCUUGAACUUCCGCCCUUCUGUCUUUCCGUUGUCCGUUGUCCCAUUUUCAUUUUCCGCACUUUAACUUUAGUUUGCCUCAUGCAAAUUUUAUGAAACUCAUACACAAUGAACCACAACACGCAGACAGAGUUCUAAUUUGGGUUGUGAGUCAUUUACUCUUAUAGAGUUAUGCCCCUUUUUAAUUUAGAAAAUUGCAAAGCAGGGGCAUUCUUGUCCUCAGACACAUUCUUCUUUUAUUGGAUUCCACCACUUAAUCUAGUGCAAUGUGAUAUUGCUCCACUAGACAUGCUGGACCAGUAGUGCUUUUACAGUCAUUUGAGAGUCACAAGUGAUGUUAUAAUUUCAAAAAAAAUUGUUUUAUACAUAUAUAUGUAACAUACAUCUAUUACAUGUGCUAUCAGCAUCAUUCUAGAAUAGCCUUGUCAUGUUUAAUAACAUUCCUGUUUCAUAGCUUUUGAUACAUGUAUGACAUGUUUUGUUUGUGCUAUUAUAUGAUGUACUUUGUUGAUUGUAAAUGAACAUUGCUGUAUAAUUUAAGAAUAAAUAACAGUUUUUAA